UUUCAGACCAGAACACAAGAGCAUCAAGCUGAGAGGACCACCGUAGAUGUACCUGCGGUGAGCCUCGGCAUCAAGUUGCUUCGCAUAACCCAGCAAACCUCUUGUUGGCAGGCUGCAAUUGCAUCUAAGGAUGCUGCAAUGAUCACGAAAGGCACUCGAUAAUUAGGCGUACAUCGAAGCAUGCUGCAACAACCAUUUUUUGGAUUUAUAUUUGACGAAAAAGAAGAAGGUUACAGCAGAAGACACGCUUUUGAAUCCGGGAGUUGAUGGGAAUUUCAAAUUUGCUUAGCAGGGCAAGAAAAGAGUUGGAGGAAAAGCAGGAACGGGGAAAGGAAAGGAUGGAUGGGAUGAUUGAUGAGGGCGGUGCCUGCUGGUGGAUGGUGGGUGGUGGGACCCACGCCACGUUGAUUCCAGCUCAUCAUUCGCGCACGUCUCUUCUUCGUCUCCCUUGCUGGCUGUCAGGACUCAGGCAGGGGCGGCAACCAGCAACAGCCAACAGCAAAGCCGAAUGGAAUUUUUUCGGUUGGGAAAUCUCGAAGGAGCAUGGAUCGUCCGUCCUGCUGGCUGAUUCGAUUCCUGUAGCUGUUCCUUCUUCCGCCCCUCCAAGCCUCCAGCUCCAUUCGAUUGGACUCGAUUCCUCUCCCCUGCCUCGUCCUCGUCCAUGGAUGAUCGGAUCACCACCGGCGGCGGGGCAUGCGCCGUCGGAGAAUUGGGUACCGCACCUCCUCCCUCCCUCCCUCUCUCAAUGGAUGAAUACGAAUUCGGGAUUGAAUCCGAGGUCGGAUCCGAUUGCAGCGUGGGACGUGGUGCUCUGGCGCCGGGGCCGCGCCGACGUCAGCGCCUGCCUGCUGGCGGGCACCGCCGCCUCCUGGCUGCUCUUCUACGGCCCGGGCCGCGGCUACACCGCGCUCUCCCUCGCCUCCGACGUGCUGCUGCUGCUCCUCACCGUGCUCUUCCUCUGGGCCAAGGCCGCGCGCCUCCUCAACAGGCCGGCGCCCCCCGUCCCGGCGAUGCGCGUCUCGCAGCGGGCCGUGGACGAGGCGGCAGCCCUGCUGCGCGCCGCCCUCGACGCCGUCUGCGCCGGCUUCCAUGACAUCGCCACGGGCAGGGACUCGCUCCUCUUCUGCCGGGUCUUCCUCUGCCUGUGGGCCCUCUCGAUCGUCGGCAGCCUCACCGACUUCCCCACCUUCUGCUACGCGAGUAUCGUGGCUCUUCUUACGCUCCCGGCACUGUACCAGAAAUACCAAGAAUGCGUCGACACGUACAUGAGGUUUGCCUACAUGAACCUGCGCAUGUACGAGAUGGUGUACGAGAGGUUCUCCAUGAAAUGCUUCAUCAGGGUCAGGGAUUGCGUCAUGGAGGUCCUCAAGGAUCCAUGACCAGCUUCCACCGCCAUUGCAUCGCUUGCUUCCACAGGGAUUUGAUUUGAUUUGAUUUGAUUUUCUUCUCUCUAGUUUUCUUUGAUUGAGCAUAGCAUAGCCCUAUCAACACGAGUAGUUCUGAUGAUUGUUUGUUUGAUUGCUCCGAGUGGUGUGCUGGUUGCUUUGAUCUUCAGCUGCUGCUGCUGCUGCUGUUCAGCCAGGAGCUAGUCUAGCGUGAUGCGUGCAAAUGGCUACGGCUGUUCCAAUUUGAUGCUCAGCGAAGCUACGAAUGCUUGUAGUUUUGUGUGCGCACCUGUUGUCCCCCAGGCUGCUUUCAUGUAGCAUGUACAGAAAGACAAAACUCACUGUAAACAUUUUGCUUAUAUCUCCCUGAAUGAAUUGAACUGAAAUGCGUUUGAUUGUUUA